AGAAGCAUGCAGCAGCGCAGGAGCGCGCUGAGAAACUAAGCUCGAUUCGAACCGUGAGGACAACGAUCCUGAGUAUUCCGAAUUCCGAGUUCCGAGUCGACUAUAGGUGCGCCCCAUUAUGGAGGCGGAGACUAAGGAAACUUCGGGGGCACUGCUAGCGCUUGAACACGCGUCAAAAGAAGAACACAUCGGAAGGCUCUUCAGCCAGAAUCCGUCGAAACCGAAGAUCGAACGUCUUUCGUCUUCAGUUCUCCAACGAGUGCAAAAGUUUCUACCGGAGCUGCAUGACGCGAAUGAGGUCAUCGCGAACAGUGACGAGGGAAGAGAAACUCUCAGCUGCGAAGUCGGAGAAAACUUCGACGGACCGGCGGUAGAAAUGACUCUAAUGCUCACGAAAGAGGACGAAAAACAAACGAAGAUAAUUGAAGUCCUCGAGAAUGAUUCCCAAUCGGAAUCAUCGGAUUCGGAAAGCGCUGCUGAAGAGGAAUCGGAUUCGUCUUCUGAUGAACUGUGAAUACUGUAGAUAGUCGAGCGAAUCGCGGUGAUCCUCCCUGUGGCCUGUGGAACGCUUCUUGUUUCUCCGUGAUACAUGUACAUACGGAACUGAAUAAAUAAUGGACGUU